GCCGCCCCCUACCGGCGGCGUUACCUGGCUGAUGCUGUGACAGGAGGAGAUGCUCUAGUUGCUGCUGCCGCCGAUGGGAGGCAGAGUCAGCCAGGCAAUCCUCCGACGAAGUGAAGGCGGCAGGAAUCACAGCAGCAGCAGCCUCCCCUCCAGCCACAGCACUGUUCAUACCCACAAUGCACAGAGACGGACACCAAAAUAGAAAUCUGGCCAGGUAACAUGGCGAUCCUCAUUACCCGGCGCCGCUGACAGCACCGCCCGGUGCACGGAUCGCACCUGGAUCAGCAGCUGGACGCGGCUAUCGCCAGUGCCGGAGCGCGGGAGCAGGCGCGGUAACCGGGGAGAGAUUUAUGUAGAUCAGCGGCGGCAGGGAGCAUCAGCAUGGCAGCAUCAGAGCUGUACACAAAGCGAGCGAGGGUAUGGAUCCCUGAUCCUGAAGAAGUCUGGAAAUCUGCAGAGAUCCAAAAGGAUUAUAAACCAGGGGACACCGUUCUCCAGCUACGCCUUGAGGAAGGCCCGGAUUUGGAAUACCGUCUAGAUGCCAAAAGAAAGGAGUUGCCACCCUUGAGGAAUCCAGACAUCCUUGUAGGUGAAAAUGACCUCACUGCCUUGAGUUACCUCCAUGAGCCAGCCGUCCUGCACAACCUCAAAGUCCGCUUCAUAGACUCUAAACUGAUUUACACGUACUGCGGUAUUGUCCUUGUAGCGAUAAACCCUUAUGAACAGUUACCCAUCUAUGGAGCAGAUAUCAUCAAUGCGUACAGCGGGCAGAAUAUGGGGGACAUGGAUCCUCAUAUUUUUGCAGUGGCAGAAGAAGCUUAUAAGCAAAUGGGCAGGGAUGAGAGGAACCAAUCCAUCAUUGUCAGUGGGGAAUCUGGAGCAGGGAAGACAGUUUCAGCUAAAUACGCCAUGAGAUACUUUGCUACAGUCAGCGGUUCUGAAAGUGAGACUAAUGUUGAAGAAAAGGUGCUGGCAUCUAAUCCAAUUAUGGAGGCCAUAGGCAAUGCAAAGACCACUAGGAAUGAUAACAGCAGUCGCUUUGGAAAAUAUAUAGAGAUUGGGUUUGAUAAAAGGUAUCGAAUUAUUGGCGCUCACAUGAGGACGUACUUAUUGGAGAAAUCACGAGUGGUCUUUCAGGCAGAAGAGGAGAGAAAUUAUCACAUAUUUUACCAACUAUGUGCAUCUGCUUCUCUACCCGAGUUCAGUAUGCUUAAACUGGGGAAUGCCAGCAGUUUCCAUUAUACCAUGCAAGGGAGAAGCCCUGUGAUUGAUGGAGUUGAUGAUGCAAAGGAACUAAGAAAUACCAGGCAAGCUUGUGCUUUACUAGGAAUUGGAGAUCUGUAUCAAAUGGGAAUUUUCAGGAUUUUAGCUGGUAUACUCCACCUGGGAAAUGUGCAGUUUAAGUCUCGGGAUUCGGACAGUUGUGUUGUUCCGCCAAAGCAUGAGCCUCUUCUUAUAUUUUGUGAUCUGAUGGGGGUGGACUAUGAAGAAAUGUCACACUGGCUUUGCCAUCGGAAACUUGUCACUGCUGCUGAGACCUACAUCAAGCCAAUUUCACGGCUACAAGCAACCAAUGCUAGGGACGCCCUAUCCAAGCACAUUUACGCAUACCUCUUUAACUGGAUUGUCUGUCAUGUCAACAAGUCACUCCUGUCAUCUGCCAAGCAAAAUUCAUUUAUUGGAGUCCUUGAUAUUUAUGGGUUUGAAACAUUUGAAAUCAACAGUUUUGAGCAGUUUUGCAUCAAUUACGCCAAUGAGAAGCUGCAGCAGCAGUUCAACCUGCAUGUAUUUAAACUGGAACAAGAGGAGUACAUGAAGGAACAAAUCCCCUGGACCCUGAUUGAUUUUUAUGACAACCAACCCUGUAUCAAUCUCAUAGAGUCCAAAAUGGGUAUUCUGGACCUGCUGGAUGAGGAAUGUAAGAUGCCCAAAGGCUCAGAUAAAACGUGGGCCCAGAAAUUGUACAACACCCACCUCAAGACUUGUGUAUUGUUUGAGAAACCCCGUCUGUCCAAUGUAGCUUUUAUUAUCCAGCACUUUGCAGAUAAGGUAGAAUAUCAAUGUGAAGGAUUUCUGGAAAAGAACAAAGAUACAGUGUUUGAGGAACAAAUAAAAGUCCUGAAAGCGAGUAAGUUUAAGCUACUGACAGAGCUGUUCCAGGAUGAUCAGCACGCCUUAAGCCCCACCUCAACUGCUCCCGCCGGACGUACCCUCCUAUCUCGCACAGGUCUACGCAAGCCAAAACCUGACCACCCAAGCAAGGAGCAUAAAAAAACUGUCAGCCAUCAGUUUAGGAACUCUCUACAUCUGCUGAUGGACACUCUGAAUGCUACAACCCCACACUACGUGCGGUGCAUCAAGCCAAACGAUUUCAAGUACCCAUUUACGUUCGACUCCAAACGGGCUGUCCAGCAGCUUCGGGCCUGUGGCGUGUUGGAAACCAUAAGGAUCAGUGCUGCAGGUUUCCCAUCCCGAUGGACAUAUCAAGAGUUCUUUAGCCGAUACCGGGUUCUGAUGAAACAAAAAGAUGUCCUCAGUGAUUGGAGGCAAACCUGCAAAAAUGUACUGGAGAAGCUUAUUCUGGAUCAAGACAAAUACCAGUUUGGCAAGACCAAGAUUUUCUUCAGAGCGGGACAAGUGGCCUACCUGGAGAAAAUAAGGGCUGAUAAGCUGAGAGUGGCCUGUAUAAGAAUACAGAAGACCAUACGUGGUUGGCUUUUAAGGAAGAAGUACUUGCGAAUGAGGAGGGCAGCUAUAUGCAUUCAGAGAUAUAUCAGAGGAUACCAGGCAAGAUGCUAUGCUCAGUUCCUACGCCGGACCAGAGCAGCAAUCCUUAUACAGAAGUUUCAGAGGAUGUACGUGGUUCGGCAGAAGUAUCGCCGCAUACAGGCAGUUACGCUUUCUCUUCAGACCUAUCUUCGUGGUUAUGCAGCCCGGAAGAGAUAUCAACAGAUGCUCAGGAUACACAAGGCUACCAUCAUUCAGAAGCAUGUCCGUGGCUGGCUAGCUCGUGUCUCUUUCAAGAGGAGCAUGGAAGCUAUUGUCUACUUGCAGUGCUGCUACCGCAGGAUGAUGGCCAAAAGGGAGUUGAAGAAAUUAAAAAUAGAGGCCCGCUCUGUCGAACAUUUCAAGAAACUCAAUGUUGGCAUGGAAAACAAAAUCAUGCAACUGCAGCGUAAAGUUGACGAGCAGAAUAAGGACAACAAAUCCUUGCUGGAGAAGCUGACUCACCUAGAGAUAACCUACAGUACAGAGAAAGACAAGCUACGAAGCGACGUGGACCGCCUGCAACAAUUUGAAGAAGCAGCAAAAAAUGCUGUAAACAAAGUGAACAGCCUACAGGAGGAGCUAGCCAGGCUUAGGAAAGAGUUGUUGCAAACACAGACUGAAAAGAAGACCAUCGAGGACAAGGCAAAUGAAUAUAGGAAAGAGACUGAUCAGCUGGUGUCUGACCUGAAAGAACAAAACACCUUAUUGAAAACAGAGAAGGAUACACUGAACCUCCUGGUCCAGCAGCAGGCCAAACAGAUGACCGAGGACAUGGAGAAAAAAAUAUUGCAAGAGACAAAAGAACUGGAACUCGAGCUGAAUGAUGAGAGGUUCAGAUAUCAGAAUCUGCUAAAUGAAUUCUGCCGCCUGGAGGAGCGAUAUGAUGACCUCAAGGAUGAAGUGAACACCAUGAACCUUCCUAAACCUGGACACAAGAGGAGGGACUCCACCCACAGCAGUAACGAAUCGGAAUAUACUUUCAGUUCAGAGGUUACCGAGGCAGAAGACUACCUGUACCGGAAUGAGGAGCCGUCUGAUAAGAGGCCACCUCUGGACAUGUCUUUAUUCCUCAAGCUGCAGAAACGUGUGAAAGAAUUGGAACAUGAAAAACAAAUUUUGCAAGAUGACCUGGAUAAAAAGGAAGAACAAAUCAAUAAAGCCAAAAGCCAGGAGAAUGCAAAGUCACCAGUCCGAGGCACAGAACUGGAAUAUGAGUCUCUCAAGCGUCAAGAACUUGAGUCAGAGAACAAGAAGUUAAAGAAUGAGUUGAAUGAGCUAAGAAAAGCUGUCACAGAGAAGAUCUCUCCAGAUCCCUCAGGAUCUGGGGGGUCAGUUUACAAAGUGCUGCUAGAACAAAUGACUUCAGUCAGUGAGGAACUGGAAGUGCGCAAAGAGGAAGUACUCAUUCUACGGUCGCAGCUGGUGAGCCAGAUGGAAGCUAUUCCACACAAGGACACUAUGACGGACACCAUUGCUAUCUCAGAGGACGUGCAGAAGAUGAAAGACCGGAGGGAAAUUGCUCAGGCGUAUACAGGCAUGAAGGAAACUAACAAGACACUACCGCAAGAUUACCAAGCACUGAACGAGGACGGAGAGCUCUACCUGGUGUAUGAAGGGUUAAAAAAGACCAACAGGGUUCUCGAGUCGCAGCUGCAAGCUCAGAAAAAGGGCUUCGAAAAUGAGGUAGAAUCUCUCAGAGGGGAGAUCCAAGGUCUAAAAGAAGAGAACAACCGCCAGCAGCAGCUCCUAGCACAGAAUCUGCAGCUACCCCCCGAGGCUCGCAUUGAAGCCAGUCUACAGCAUGAAAUCACCCGACUGACCAAUGAGAACUUGUAUUUUGAGGAAUUAUAUGCAGAUGAUCCCAUGAAGUAUCAGUCGUACCGGAUUUCACUUUACAGACGGAUCAUUGAUCUGAUGGAACAGCUCGAGAAGCAAGAUAAAACUGUCAGGAAACUGAAAAAGCAGCUGAAAGUAUUUGCUAAGAAAAUCGGAGAGCUUGAAGUUGGUCAAAUGGAGAACGUGUCUCCUGGUCAAAUAGUGGAUGAGCCGAUUCGCCCGCUUAACAUUCCACGGAAAGAGAAAGACUUUCAAGGAAUGCUUGAGUAUAAGAAGGAGGAUGAACUAAAGCUGAUCAAGAACCUUAUUUUAGAAUUAAAGCCCCGAGGCGUUGCCGUGAAUCUUAUUCCAGGUUUGCCAGCAUAUAUUUUGUUUAUGUGCGUCCGCCAUGCUGAUUACCUUAAUGAUGACCAGAAAGUCCGAUCCCUGCUUACGUCAACUAUUAAUGGCAUCAAAAAGAUCUUGAAGAAAAGAGGAGAUGAUUUUGAAACUGUGUCCUUCUGGCUUUCCAACACAUGCCGAUUCCUUCACUGCCUGAAGCAGUACAGUGGAGAAGAGGCAUUUAUGAAGCACAACACAAACCGGCAGAAUGAGCACUGUCUCACAAACUUCGAUCUUGCUGAGUACAGACAAGUGUUAAGUGACCUGGCCAUCCAGAUAUAUCAGCAGCUGGUGCGUGUGCUGGAGAACAUCCUGCAGCCAAUGAUUGUCUCAGGAAUGUUGGAGCAUGAGACCAUCCAGGGUGUCUCAGGGGUAAAGCCCACAGGUCUGCGGAAACGGACGUCCAGCAUUGCUGAUGAAGGCACCUAUACUUUGGACUCCAUACUUAGGCAGCUGAAUACCUUCCAUUCCAUAAUGUGUCAGCAUGGGACCGAUCCGGAGCUCAUCAAGCAGGUGGUGAAGCAGAUGUUUUACAUUAUUGGCGCUGUCACACUCAAUAACCUCUUGCUCAGAAAGGACAUGUGUUCGUGGAGCAAAGGGAUGCAGAUAAGGUACAAUGUGAGCCAGCUAGAAGAAUGGCUGCGUGACAAGAAUCUGAUGAAUAGCGGGGCCAAGGAGACCCUGGAGCCCUUAAUUCAGGCUGCUCAGUUGCUGCAAGUGAAAAAGAAAACUGAUGAGGAUGCUGAAGCUAUCUGCUCUAUGUGCAAUAGUCUGACCACUGCCCAGAUUGUGAAGGUUCUGAAUCUUUAUACUCCUGUAAAUGAGUUUGAAGAGAGGGUCCUGGUGUCAUUUAUACGUAACAUUCAGUUACGUCUAAGAGACCGGAAAGACUCCCCUCAGCUGCUAAUGGAUGCCAAGCACAUCUUCCCUGUCACCUUCCCAUUCAACCCAUCAUCUCUUGCUCUAGAAACAAUUCAGAUCCCUAGCAGCCUCGGCCUAGGGUUCAUCACACGUGUGUAAAUAGAGCCUCGCUGCCUCAUGCUGAAUCGCCCAGACCUACAUGUGACACUGGAAGCAUUUUGGAAUUCACCAUUGCAUCCCUAGUUACUAAAGUCACAAGUUUCCUGUGAUUUGUAUAUCAUGUAUAAGAGACUGAUAGACAGGUGCUUUGUGGUAUUCAUUCAUUAAAUUGUCUAACUGGUAAAUAGCCUUGGUUACUGCACAUAGGGGGACAUUUACUAAGCAGUGAUAAGAGCGGAGAAGUGAGCCAGUGGAGAAGUUGCCCCAUCAACCAAUCAGCUGCUCUGUAUAAUUUUAUAGUAUGCAAAUUCUAGAUGUUACUUCAGUGCUGAUUGGUUGACAUGGGCAACUUCUCCACUGGCUCACUUCUCCGCUCUUAUCACUGCUUAGUAAAUGUCCCCCAUAGUCCUGGAGCUAAUAACCAUCCCCUUCCUGUAAUGCCAGACAGACAAGGACGUGAGACGGAACAUCUGUGAUGUACUCAGAGCAGCGAGGAAAUUAUGGUAUAUUGUAGUAACCUAGAUCGUUACAGACCAUUUGCAUAAAUGGGUGUAUACAUAACUGUAUACACACGUACCAAUAUACAAACCAUGUUAUUUAUGUUAGUUAAAAAAUAAAUAAUAAAAGCAAAAACAUUUCUAUGAAAGUAUUGGAAUAAAGUUAGCUUACUGUGUUAUGUAGAUUGUUUAUUAGACUGUAGAUUAUUAUUCAUAUUAAAUGUUACCGUAUUUUGUGUUCCUCUAAUGUUACAGUAUCCAUAUUAAGCACUACAAAAUAAAAUUUUCAUCUCUUUAUUAUAAAGUAUGUUUACAGUACAUGUGUUUAUUAGGGUGAGCGCCGGAAUGGCUGAUUCUUUAGCUCAGAGAAGGAAAAGGCAGCUUAAGCACAUAUGAAUUACUGAAAUAUUAGGAUAGCUGUUUACAAAUAAAUAACUACAUAAAAUGUAAAAAAAAGGCCUUAAUGAACAAAUAUCUCAAUAUAUUGUUAAUAGCGAAGACUAGUCUUUCCUGGAUUAUGUUUUUUUUUUAGUGUCAAGUUUUAGUUUUUCAGUCCAUCACAGUAUUUUUUGCAGCUGAUGGUUAUAAUGAUGUUUACUGGUGUGUCUUAGUCUGUGUCUUUUAUUUAUUGAACUGUGGAAGCUUGGUAUAUGCGGGGGACACAUUUCCUGGUUAUUAAACUGGCUUACAGAAAAGCAAAUACUGUAUUCCCUGCCAUAGACUCGCAUGGACACAGGACUUCCCUUGUGUUACAGUGUCAUGCAUGAUAAAAGUACAUGCACAGGACCCUGUUACACUGGGGAUAUGCUAUGCGCACUUAUGUUUUUUUUCAACGUUUAGCUUGAACAAACCACUGCACUACAAUACAUCCAGACAUAUCCUAUCAUAUUGUUGUUUGUUUGGUUCUUUUUAAGACUAGUUAAGGACCGAGCACCUACACUACUAUUAGAACCUACUCAUAGGAUUCCAUAUUAACACUGGUGAAAUUGAACAUUAUUUGUACCCUAUAGAGAAUUGACCAUCUGCAACUACAUACUUACAAUACUGAGUUCAUGAAAGGGACCAACCUAGUGACCCAGGGCCGGGAAGUUAUUUUUAUAGAUUCUUUUGUUCCAUUGCAAUGUGAUUUAUGACCAAAUUGGAUAAAACCUAAUGUUCUAUAAUGAAGCAGCUAAAACGGUGUAUUUUCCAAUUCCAAUAAUUUUACUGACACCACAUCUUACAUCCCGCCACAGAGGACAAUAGGACCCCAUUAUUUCUCAAAGUUUUCAGAUGCUUUCAUUAAAGUUUGUGUAGACUAUAUUCCAUACAGCACAAUAGUUGUAUUAGUCCUUCUUGAGACCUUGCAUUUCAAAGAAUAUUCUUAAUCUCUCAUAUGCUUCAACCCCUCAACUAAAUCAAUUGUGGGGAUCCUACUGCAACUCGCCAGCAUAGGCUACGUCCAUUUAUAGCUUCUUGGUGUAUGUAGCGGACUGGUGUCCCGUUGUGCUGUUUUAUUACAUGUGCUUGCUCUUUGUCCAUUAGAGUGACACCAUCUACUAAAUGACCACAUCCAUUUCUAAAUUCUCCAGGCAGCAUUUCCAGGCUGAUGUCUCCAGUGCUGUGUUAAUUGAAGGGGCAGGGUACAUUUCAGCCCUUCUUCAGGAUCUCGUUAUAGAUCUUCUGUAAUCACUCCUGUAUGUGCUGGUAAUAUUUUGGGGGACUCUGUGAUUGUUACACUGACAGACUUUUUUUUAUUUUAUAGUUAAUCCAGCUUCCUAUUGGCCACUAGUUAGGUGAGUGUUUACCAAUGUUCUGCCCCUCAAUAAAAUACCCUAAUGUUCUGCCCAUUGAUAACACAUAAAAUACCUUAUUUCUCAGAGUACAACUGAUACAGUUGAAAAGGACUUCAAUAAGUCGCUAAUUAAACUAAAAGGGUCCCAAGAAAUCCCUUUGAAUAUAUUGCUUUGUCUGAUUAACACAAUAGGUAUGAAACUGAAAAGUAAAUGCCCUGUUAUGGUACACUGAGUAAGCAUUUGGCAAUGGCUCAUUUUUGUCAGAGGUGUAAUUAGCAAUUAUUAAGGUGGAGAAGUAAAGCUAAAUUAUAGCAAAACAACUGUUUUUAUAGGAAAGCAUAUCUUGUAACUUGCAUACGCACUUUGAGCUUUUUUAUGUAUUUAAUGUUUGUAUUAGACUUUGCCAAUCUCUGCACUCUGGGAGAAUGAUCUUUCCCCAGGUCCUUAUAUCCAGCUGGCAAUUCCUUAGAGCGAGCACAGAGCUGAGUGUGGCUUCCUCAGCCAGUGGUAAAUCGUGGGUACUACGUGAUCAUUUUGUGCGGGUAAUGAAAAUGAUGCGUCUUUUUAUAAACGUCAUAGACAGAGUUCACUACUUACUCUGCAUGAAUCUGUUUUAGUCAUGGUCAUGUUGAUAAAUGCACACUGUGCAUGUAAUGUGGCUUCAAUCACUUCCUCAUGGCACUGUUAUUAACAUCCCAAUGUAUUAUAUUCUUUACGGACUUAACCGAAGUAGGAAACAUUUAUUUAAGUAUAUAUUGAAGUAGGACAAAUUUAUUAUUCUAAGAGAAAGAUUAUUAAAUGAAAUAGAAUGUUAUAAAAUGUCAUCCAGGUACUUACAGUAAAGGCCAAAUGCUAACACGUAUACUGUCUAAUGUUGUGCUUUGCAAAUGUUUGCAUCAUUAACUGUAACUAAUUAGCAAUCACUGUACAUUGUAAAAAAUAAAAUUCGUUCAAGAA